AAUCAAUUCACCAGCCGACACUAAUUCGAUAAUACCGUCUCACAAUAAAAAAAACUCUGCGAUGUCGGACGCCGGGUCCUCGGACGAUGCCGAAAGCGCGACGCUGACGGCGCUCUCCAACUGCGUUACGACUGUCCUGGAGAACGACAUCGCGUACGGCCUGUGUGUGACCAACUCGGGGCUCUUCGACCUGCUGCCGGACGAUUUCCAGGAUCGAAACUCGUCCUCAUUCUCCUCCUCCGGGUCUUUCGAUGAUAGCGACGAUUUCAAUGGAGACUCGGUCUGCCGCGUCAUGUGUUCCGAGCAAACAUCGUCAGCUUCGGCCUCAUGUUGCGCGGCUGCCGCGUCGCUGCGAGCCUGCAACACUUCAUCUGAAGCAGUGGCAACUUGCAAGCAGCUGUUCGAUGACGUUUUCACAUACCAGAAUGAAUGUGACGGAGGCAUUUCGUCCGCCAACACAAUUCUCAUCGCCGUCGUGGCAAUUGUGGCAGUUGCAGUUGCGGCAAUCGCGAUUUUUGCCAGAUUCUACAAACAGAUAAAGAGCAACUUCGCUGCAAAAGUGGCAGCCACAUGGACACAAGUGACCAACCUGGUCUGGAAAAACAUGGUUCUGCGUCGCCGUCGCCCCGUGAGCUUGCUCAUGGAGCUUUUCCUGCCAGUUUUGCUCUCCACAGCGCUGCUGUUGCUGGCAAACCUUGACAAUUUCGCAGAUAGCUGGAGAUCGCAGUGGUUCACGUCCGAAGCUGCGCAACUAAAUGCCAACGAGACGCUCAUUUGCAGUGACCUGGCCGUCUGGGGACUCGAAGCGAUCGGCGGACCGUCGUCCACUAUGACAUCGUUCUACACUGGCGGGCAGUCCGUACUGGGACUAUUUUUUCUAGUCAGUUAUAUCAAAUUUGUGUCAACUACGACCACGACGAUGGUCAUGGAGAAGGAAAACAGACUACGCGAGGUCAUGAAGAUCAUGGGACUAUCCGACGCCACUCUGCUGUGUUCGUGGUGUUUAACCACAGCCGUGUUGGCCACGCCAUUGGCAUUUGCCAUUGCAGCCGUACUGAAAUAUGGCAACGUGUUCCCUACGACCGAGUACGCAACACUGGUGUUUCUCUUCUGGACACUCAGUGUGGCCAUCACAGCUUUUUCGUACUUUGUCGCGCCAUUCUUCAACAAGUCCAGGACCGCAGCCAUCGCGUCGGUGCUUCUGUGGCUCAUUCUCUUCUUCCCAUACUUUGCAGUGCAGUCUGCAGACACAAACACGCCUCGGUACUGGGCCGCUCUGUCGCCUCCUACUGCAUUUGCAUUGGCCGUUGACGAGAUCUUACGUCGAGCGCAACUUGGCACAGGCUUUGCCUAUUCCGUGGGCCUUCGCGAAGGACCUGUUACAGUUCCAAGUGCAUUUCGAAUGAGUCUGUUCUUGCUGCUCGACUCCGUUAUCCUCGUGGCGUUGGGAUGGUAUUUGGAGCAGGUUUUGCCUCAGCAAUACGGCGUGAGGAAGCCCUGGUACUUUUUGUUGACGAAAAGUUACUGGGUUAACAAGAUCGAUCAGUCAAAAGACGACGAGAUGGCUACGAGCUCAGAAAAUUACACGCUGUCACCUCAAGCUGGCGGGGUGUAUACGCAACUUACUGACAAUAUUGCCAAACCGAGUGGAAAUGCGUAUGUAGAGCCGGUUAACGCCGCGUUGGCGAUACAAGAGCGCAAUGGCACGUGUCUCCAGAUCCGCGGGUUGCGCAAAGUUUUCCCUCUCGAAGAAGACGGCGAGGAGCGCGUCGCAGUUGCCGGGCUGGAUCUCUCUAUGUACAGUGGCCAAAUCACUGCUCUGUUGGGUCAUAAUGGCGCUGGCAAGACGACGAUCAUCUCGAUGCUCACGGGUCUCAUCCCGCCCACAGCGGGAGAUGCAACACUGUACGGCUGUUCCAUCAAGCGCGACUUCAACGAGCUUCGACGCGUUAUCGGCAUUUGCCCACAACAUGACGUGCUUUUCCAAGACCUUACAGUUGAAGAGCAUUUGUUGCUUUUUGCCACCAUGAAGCAGAUUUCACGUGGCGAACUGAAAUCCAGUGUGGAAAAAAUGAUCGAAAGCGUAGGUUUGACGGAAAUUCGCCAUGCACUGGCCAAGACGCUCUCGGGAGGCCAGAAGCGCAAACUCAGCGUCGCUCUGGCCUUCCUUGGCGGCAGUAAACUCGUCUUCUUGGACGAACCAACGUCUGGAAUGGACCCUUAUUCUCGACGAUUUACGUGGAAUUUACUCCAGCAGAGUCGCGAAGAUCGCGUCAUUGUUUUAACAACCCAUUUCAUGGACGAAGCGGACAUUCUCGGCGAUCGUAUCGCCAUUCUAGCCGACGGUCAACUGCGUUGUGCUGGGUCUUCAUUGUUCCUGAAAAAUCGCUUUGGAGCGGGUUAUAAUUUGACUAUGAUCAAGACUUCGGAUGGCUCUUGUGACGCCCAGCUUGUGGAGAAUUUUCUAAAGAAAUACGUGCCAGGAGUCAAGUGUUUAAGCAGCUCUGGAUCGGAGCUAGUGUUCCAACUCCCGACCGCUUCUUCAGACGUUUUCCCGUCGAUGUUGGAGCAGUUGGAUGCUGAAAUGAGUGCACUUGGAGUGCAACAGUAUGGCAUCUCCGUCACGACUUUAGAAGAAGUUUUCUUGCGGAUUUCUCAGGAUCAUGAAGAGCAACAGGAAAUUGUACAGCACAACCCGAAAAACGUGUCGAUAGGGGCUCCACCGAUCACAGAGCCGUCCAUGUGGACGCAGUACUGGGCGCUGACGAAGAAACGCUUCCAGAUUGCCAAGCGGGACAAAAAGACGUUGGCGUACUCGGUGGGUAUCCCACUGAUCUUCUUGAUCAUCUUGGCCAUUCUACCGGAGAUCCAAGUGGCGGAUUUUAUCCCGAACUACGCUUCAAAUCUGCCUACUGAGUCGCAACAGAGUCAAUGCGCUGCGUCUACUAAUUUUUCGAGUCUGAUAGACCCGGACUUUAACGUGACGGCGUGUGUGAGUUCGCGUGGCUUCGACUACUGCACACUGGGAGUGGUGGACUGCGACGUGAGUGCGUGUUGCAACGCUGCCAACGUCGCGUCUCCGUGGUAUCCGUGCAACACGUGCAACUCGACGCCGUGCUUCAACAACAAUUGUCUGGCCAAGAACAACGCCAAGCUGCAAGUGACGCUCAAUGGGUUUCUAGUGGCGCUGGUGGUCAUGCUGGCGUUUGCCUUCAUCCCAGCGGCGAUCGUGGCGUUCGUUGUCAGGGAGAAGGAUCCGAUCCAGAACGCCAAGAGUCUGCAGCUCAUCAGUGGCGCCAACGUCUCGGCCUACUGGGUGGCCAGUUGGACGCACGACCUGCUCAUCACGAUCGUCCCUAUCGUGGCCUCUGCCGUUGUCAUCCCGCUGUCCAUGACGCCCAGUGGGGCUGACAAGGCCAGCACAGGCGACGUAUUAGCUAUUAUCGCGCUGGUUAUUGCUCACGUUUGGGCGAUUAUUCCUCUCGCCUACUUGUUCUCCAGACGCUAUGUCAAGCACGCGGUGGCUCAGACGGCCCUGCUGGUCUUCGCUCUGGGCACCGGCGGCCUGCUGAGCAUCUUCUCGUUCAUGUGUCGCAUCGUCAACUUCACUAUCUCGGGCUCGUUGACGCUCUCAUCACUGGACCGCAACUACCUGCGCUGGAUCUUCAUGGUCUUCCCGGGCUACACGUUGAACAACGGCAUCUUCGAGCUGGCGACGCGCAAAGUGAGUCGUCGAGCGCUGUUCGGUUCCGGUCGCUGGACGUCCACGUCUCCGUCUUUCUUCGGGUUGUUUGAAGGCCUGGGCAAAGAAGAAUGUAUGGAAUGCUGGGACCGGAUCGGGCCCUCGUGUUGUGUACGCCAGCCCUUCGACUUGGAGAUCGUGGGAGCGCCACUGCUGUACACGCUGGUCGAAGCAGUUAUACUGACUGUACUGGUGUUUGUACUGGAGAAUCGCUCGGUUAAGUGGAAGAAAUCAACGGGGAAGACGGACCACAGCGCUGUGGCAGUGGAGACGGAAGAGGAGGACGACGAUGUGCAGUGGGAACGCCAUCGAGUGGAGCAGCAAGAGCCUGGGCCGAAUGACCUCGUGUUUAUCCGUAAUUUGCGCCAACAAUACGCUGGCAAGCCACGCGCAAAAGUUGCAUUGAAGGAUUUGUGUCUGUCGAUCCAGAGUGGCGAGUGUUUCGGCUACUUGGGGAUCAACGGAGCUGGAAAGUCGACGACGAUGGCUGUGCUGACAGGCCAAUUGGCUCCUACGUACGGCUUUGUUACGUUAAGCGGCUUCGACUUGUCCACCAGCUCGGCUGAGGCGCGGAAAACCAUGGGCUACUGUCCGCAGUUCGACGCGCUUCAUGAUCUGCUGACGGUGAAGGAACAACUGCAGUUGUAUGCUCGCGUCAAGGGCAUUCCUGAGCCUUUUGUCGAUGCCGCAGUGGACGAGCAGAUUCAAGAGCUCGGACUCACGAAAUACCGACACAAACUGACGCAAGGACUCAGCGGUGGCAACAAGCGCAAGGUGUCGACGGCCAUUGCGUUGCUUGGACGUCCGCGUGUUGUGUUCCUAGAUGAACCUUCGACGGGCGUGGACCCGAGCUCAAGACGCAAAAUGUGGGAUGUUAUCGCACGUGUGAGUUCGACUGAUGCUUGUGUGGUAUUGACUACGCAUAGUAUGGAAGAGUGUGAGGCGUUGUGCUCUCGAGUGGGGAUUCUCGUGAGUGGCAGACUGAAAUGUCUCGGCAGUGUGGAACAUCUCAAGCAGAAGUUUGGUAAAGGCUACACUGUGGAGAUCACGCUACGAGCCUCGGAUACCACUAGUGAGGAAGUAAAAAGUGUCAUGGAUCAAACACGAGUGUUCCUCACAGCUGACCGGACUCUUUCGGUGCGACAUAGUAGAACGAGUCGACAGAGUUCGAGCAGUCUUCAAGUUAGUAGUACGAGGAUUACUACGGCCAACAUUCAAGAUUUGUGCACGGCUCUGGGGGCUACUGAACGGGGUCCCCGUAUCAUCGAUCACUCGGGUACUGGCUGGUUACUUGGCAGUCAAUUGGAGACACAAGGUUCAGUCUCCGUCGAGACGUUCUGCUCGUGGUGGGUCUCUGAAACCCACGGCGAGAGACUGCAGAGCUUUUUCCAGACCACGUUCCCUGGCAGCACUCUUGCGGAGCAGCAAGGCGAACACUUCCGGUUCCAGGUGCCGAAGCAUCGCCCCGACAGUGACGCAGUGCUGCGUCCAGCAGAGAUUUUCCGUGCACUGGAGCAGACUCGUUCCGAUCUCAAUGUGGACGAGUAUAGUGUGAGCGAAACUGCUCUGGAACACAUUUUCAACAACAUGGCAGCUCAGCAGGACGAGGAGAAGGGUGUUGCGCACGGGGUGAAUGUGUAGUGAUAAAAAAAGUUUAGUAGUUAGUACAUAAAGUAUUUCUCUCCUCUUGUUUCAUAAAUUAAAAGAAAAGGGAAAAAAAAUAAAAGACUCGCUUUCAAGACUACUGGAAAUGACGGAAGACAAAUCUAUACCAGUGAAACACCCUUA